AUGCCCUUCUACAACACCUAUCCCGGCUUCCUAUAUCGCCAGUUUCUGGUCUGCCCAUCCAAAGCACCUACCAACACCUCCCUCCAUGAAAAAGCUGGUCUUGGAACAGGCUCAAACACUGGACUGGGCUAUCAAGCAUGUUCUCAGCUACUCGGGCUUGGUUUAUCUCAUCUGAUUGUUGCCGUCCGCAAUACCUCCAAAGGAGAAGCUGCCCGGGAAUCCCUUCUCGCCUCGCUUCCCGCUUCAGCAAAGGCUCCUGUGAUCGAGAUUUGGCAAUUGGAUUUGGGUAGCUAUGAUAGUGUGAUUGUCUUUGUUGAACAACUUAAGCAAUCCAAGAUUCAGAUCGACUUUGCUCUUCUCAAUGCCGGUGUUGCCAAUUUCAACUUUACCGUAAACCAGUCUACUUCUCACGAAGCAACUAUUCAAAUCAAUUGGUUGAGCACCGCUCUUCUUACUCCGCUGUUGCUGCCCGUACUCGAUCAACAAGUUGCCAGGCACCCCUACCACAGUCGUCCGGUGAUUUCUAUCGUGGGCAGUGAAACUGCCGCCUGGGCCAAGUUUAUGGAUGCCCAAAUCUCUACCAAAGAAGGUGUCUCCCUUAUCAAUGUGCUGGAUAACAAAAUCACUUCGACAUGGGCGACCGAUACUACAUCUCUAAGCUGCUAUACCAGCUUUUCUUCCUCGAGCUGUUCCAUAUUCACCAAUCCAGUGCCCAACGCUCCAAAGGCACCAUUCUAA